AAUUUCGGACACUGUCGAGAUCAGGAAAGAUAAUAACCUGGGUGUCUUUAAAAGAAUUUAAACUUGGAAUCGACUCAACCUCAGAGCGUGGAGCUUAGUGCGACAGGAGGAGCAGCCAACUUCGACAGCAGCAAGAUGGCAGACAUGUCUGUGGAGGAGAUCACCGCGAGAGCCAACCAAGUGACCGACGAGUCACUGGAAAGCACCAGGCGGAUGCUUCAGAUGGCAGAGGAGAGCAAGGAAACAGGAGUCAAAACCAUGACCAUGCUAGACCAACAGGGGGAGCAACUGAGGCGUGUGGAGCAAGGCAUGGACCAGAUUAAUGAAGACAUGAGACAGGCUGAGAAGAAUCUGACCGACUUGUCCAAAUGCUGCGGCUUGUGUGUGUGUCCCUGUGACAGGGUGAAGUCUAUUGAGCACGACGGCAGAUAUAAACGAACCUGGGGAACAGGCGGUGACAACGCCAGCUCAGGAGAGGGUGGAGAGGGCGGCGGCGGUGUCGUCUCCACCCAGCCAACUGGUGUCCGCAAUGGCCAGGUCGUGGCUUCUGGCCCCUAUGUCAAGAGGAUAACAAACGAUGCUCGAGAGGAUGAGAUGGAACAGAAUCUGGAACAGGUUGGCGGUAUCAUCGAUAACCUGAAGACCAUGGCCCUGGACAUGGGUAACGAGAUUGACAAGCAGAACAAAACCAUCGAUCGCAUCACAGAUAAGGCUGAUAUGAAUAAAGCACGCAUUGAUGAGGCCAACCAGAGAGCCAACAAGCUUCUGUAGAUGAGGGAACUUUACCACUGUCGACUAAGAGCCUCAAUACACACACACACACACACACACACACACACACACAUGCAUACAUACAUACACACACGAAGUUAAACACUUUCUGCGAGAACACAGAUUUAAUUCUGAAAAUAUUCCAGUACCACCCUUGUGCCUUUUUUUGUAGUUGUCCACAUGCUUAUUUGUACAUAGCCCACAUGCACACACACACAGCCUCUCUCACAAUCAAGUCUUCACCCUUUAUCUGUGAGAUUUCAGUGCUUGACACACAGGCAGUGGUUGUAUGUGAAACAAUGUCACCUCUGGUCUCCUGUGUGCUGCUGUCCUACUGCCUGUCUGUAAUGUAUGUAUUGUUUGUAAUGUGUGUGUUGUUAAUUGGAGGGGCUGGAGUAUUCAUGGUCCUCUGCUACUCUAUGUGCUGUAUAUAGUCAGCUGAUGUCCUGUCCACUCAUUUUCAUUGGCCGAUGCCUCUCCAUCUCAGUGAUAGAACUUCUGUGUCUAUGUGUGUUGAUCUCUCUCAGUCUGUCAUGUGGGUUCCAUCUACCCCUGUCAUGUUUGAUUCAUCCUGUAAUUAUUGUUAUUAUUAUUAUUUUGUAGUCAGAUUUCCUUUUUUGAGAUUGUGCUUAUAUUUAAUUAUCAUGAAAACAUUAUAAACCAUGACUUGUGAAUAAUUUUUUUUUUUUUUUUUAAGGGAUUAUCUCUUGCCCCUGCCCUUAGCUUUAUCUUUAUUCGAUGUGAAUGUGAGAUGUUUUUAAGAGUUGGUUAAACUUGUUUGUGGUUUGGACUGAACAUGCCUACAGAAUUUUAUGACCAUAAGGUCAAAUUUUGGUUUAAACUAUGAACCUCCACUUAAUUACCACCUGUUAGUUUUAGAAAUAUGGCUUAUUAUUGAACAAAUGCUUGUAUUUUAUGUCUAAUAAAGCAAAUCUAAUUCUUCA